AAUUAAAAUAUCCUUUUUGAAUGUAGAAAUGUCUGUCGUAUUUGAUUGUAUUACUUUGUCAUUAUGUUUUGGAAACCAUUUCAUAUAUUUAUUGGGCACAGCUAUCCCAUUAUAUUUUUCAAUUUUGCAAUGAAAUUUGUUACAAGUACACCAACUUUUUUCAAUCAACAAAGUUUUUGAUUUGUGUUUCUUCAAUAGUUGAACCAUAUCUCUUUUAUGGAAAAGAGGGUGUAAACUGUGUGUGGCAUAUAAGACCAUCUUAAAUCCUAGCACCAAAAACACACUAAGUUGGUGGGUAUAUGCCGUUUCUUUCCCAUCUUCGGCAUAUUGUUGUUCUUUUUGCCUGUCGGUUGGAGCUUCAUCUCUGGCAAAAUGUGGAAAAUUUGCAGUACGAUUGGAGAUGCCCAAAGGGGUGACAAAGAUGGCAUCAGUCAGCCGUUGGUCUGAAAGAUGAAUUUCAACAAAGCUAAGAUGCCUAGGAUGCCUGAUGCUGGUGCAGCUUCCACAUUGAUAAAGUUAGGAGCUGUUGUUGGUCUUGGAUUGUAUGCAGCUGGUAACAGUCUUUACAACGUUGAGGGAGGGCACCGUGCUAUUGUUUUCAAUCGUGUAGUUGGUGUCAAAGACAAGGUUUAUCCUGAAGGGACACACAUAAUGAUCCCUUGGUUUGAAAGGCCAAUCAUCUAUGAUGUCCGUGCACGACCCCAUCUAGUAGAGAGCACCUCUGGUAGCCGUGAUCUACAGAUGGUGAAAAUAGGUCUUAGAGUCCUGACUCGUCCCGUUGCUGAUGAACUACCCACCGUUUAUCGGACUCUUGGUGAAAACUACAAUGAGAGAGUCCUGCCUUCAAUUAUUCAUGAAACAUUGAAAGCUGUGGUUGCACAAUAUAAUGCUAGCCAACUUAUUACCCAAAGAGAGGCUGUUAGCAGAGAAAUACGGAAAGUACUGACGGAGAGGGCGUCCCAUUUCAACAUGGCAUUAGAUGAUGUCUCCAUUACAAGUCUGACUUUCGGGCGGGAGUUUACUGCGGCAAUCGAAGCAAAGCAAGUGGCUGCACAAGAAGCCGAGAGGGCCAAGUUUGUUGUUGAGAAGGCUGAACAAGACAAACGAAGUGCUGUUAUCAGAGCACAGGGUGAAGCAAAAAGUGCCCAGCUGAUAGGUCAAGCAAUCGCCAACAAUCCAGCAUUUAUCACUCUCAGAAAGAUCGAAGCAGCUAGAGAAAUUGCACAAACGAUGGCUGCUUCAUCCAACAAAGUCAUGUUGAAUGCCGAUAACCUGUUGCUGAACCUUCAGGAAAUGAGUCUGGAAAAGAAAUAGAAGCGCAACGUUAUCUGGACUUGCACACAUUACGCUUUCUUUAUUGUUUUUUGAACAACUCCAUUGCCAUUUCUGUAAACCUGCAAAAAUAAUUUCAUGGAGGUUGAUACACAUGAAAAACUUGUGAGUUCGUUUAUUAGAUGUUGAACAUGUUAAGAUACAUUCGUAAGCCUCAUUUUACUUGCU